AUGUACAGGAGGUACAUAUGGAACAGCCUCUUCCGGGAUGUGAACUUCCGGUUGAAGAAGCUUUACCAUUCCUUUUACUACGCCCAGAGUCACAUCAAGUAUGUGAUGCUUUUUCUAUUUCCCGGAGUGAUAUGGUCCACUAGGUACAGGGCUGACACCAAGUUGGGUUACUACAUCUACAUAAAUGAGGAGAAGUUAUACCCGAAUAAAUCCAUAGAGGCGGGGGCGACAAGUGACGGGGUGGGUAGCUGGACUGACAGUGCCAGUUUGCUGGACUACCUUUACGCCAAAUAUUUUUACAUGUAUAAUAAACUAACAAAGAAGAAGUGGAAGAAUGGGACGAAGUUUUACCUGGACGACGGGGUGACCGUUGCUGAUGUAAAGAAAAUGUUAUACUCAGAAGAGGAGAUCCCCCGGAAUUUGAAGUUGGGGUGCCGGGGACGGAUGAUGGAAGAUACGGACAACCUGGCUAUGGCCGUUCGAGCCUUCUGCAAAAGGGAUCCCAAGAUUUUUAUCUGGGAGGAUGAGCACGCUGCGUAUAUCUGA